GCCUGUUUUAUAUGAGGCGCUGGGUAGAAUUAGGGUUUCAAAGAGCAUUGUCGGCUGCUAGGGUUCUCUGGAGCUUGGCGCCUGCAGUGUUUUCAGAAGUCUGCAAAGAUGGUUCUUCAAAACGAUAUCGAUCAGCUGAACCCACCAGCUGAGCUUGAGAAGAGGAAGCACAAGCUCAAGCGCCUUGUUCAGUCUCCCAAUUCCUUUUUCAUGGAUGUGAAGUGCCAAGGCUGCUUCAACAUAACGACGGUGUUCAGCCACUCUCAGACCGUGGUGGUGUGCGGGAACUGCCAGACAGUGCUCUGUCAGCCGACCGGAGGGAAGGCCAGGCUCACCGAGGGAUGCUCUUUCCGGAGAAAGGGUGACUGAAUUGAAAGUUUUUGCUGUUCCUUUCUAGUUCCUCAUUUGGUGUUUCUUCGAAGUUAUUGGACGCUGGUUGAACCCUUUUUGUCUGUUGUUGGAUGACUUUUUAAGUAUGAAUUUUUAAGUUUAAUUCA